AGAAGACAUUACGUUGUCCAAUAAGUCUUGCAUCAACAAAGCCAUUACCUUCUUUUGCCACGUCAACAGCUUUAUAAUUUAGUUUCUACCCUUACUAGCACCUUCUACUAUCUUCCUCUCUAAGCUAGCGCGUUAAUCAUUAAGGUUCCUAUUAAUUUCUCUUGAUAGGUUCUUCUUGAAACCACUGUGAAACCACCUACAUUGAUACUUCCCACCACUAGCUUCAUCGCCAGCAAAGGAGCACAGUCCACAUCCGAUAAUUAUCCUACCACCGGUAAAACCAUGUCCUUCAAUCAUUGAUAGAGAAAAAUUGAUCAUACUAGUGAUUCCACCAUGACUAAUGUUGCUUCUAUCACACUCGGUCUCGUAAUCUUUGCCAUUGUCUUCUCUAGAGACCGAACAGCCUGGAACACCUCCAGACCCACAUGCUCUAGACCCGCCCCUCAUGAAGACAUCUUCCUUGUUCAGGCCACUGCUAGCGGUGGACUUACCUCCCCGCUCAACCUCCCCGCUCAACUUUUCCAACUAAUACUCCCUCAAAAUAGUUAUGAACACCACCAGCAAACCCACAAUAUCCACCACCCAACUCGCCGACAAUUUCACCUUGACCUCCACCGUUAAAUCCACCUGCAAAAUCACCACGACUACCACUCACCCAUGGCAGUUGGAAGUUGUACGUGCCGCCAAUAGCAUUGCAUUCUCUGCCAACAAAGCCACACAAAUCGUUAGGACCACCGUGUGACCCUCUUCCUCUAAAAUAAAUGAGAGUGCAACUACCACUUCUUCUUUUCAGAUCUUUCCGCUUCAAAUCCUUUGUUUUCUCCGGCCCGACCAAGCCUACCACCAUGUGAGGGUUGAACAUGCCUCCCUCACGGUAUUUACUGUAACUCUUUGACGGCUUGGUUGUGCUUCAACAUUUCCUUUAGCAAAUCUGCCUGAUUCUCUUCUUUCUCAGGCUCCUUAUUAAUUUCCUUCAACUCUAAGUUCAUGGACGAGAAAAUCAGAGAAAAAAAAAUUAUCAACUAUUCUCUUCGUGGCCUCCUCCAUCCUUUCGGAGAAUUUCUUUGACAUCUCCUUCAUUUCAUGCUCCAGUUAUUGUGAUUAAAUCGGAUCUCCGACGACUUCCUUGUUUUUAAAAAAAAAAAAACAUAAUUUCAGUGUCUUAAUCUACCAAGACAUAAUUGUUUUGGUACCAAUUUACUAGAGAUUAGUGUGAAAACAGUAAGUUAACAAGCUAGAUAGCGAAAGGAAAUGGCAGCCAAGGGAUAGAUUGGAUUAUUAAACAGGGUAUUAAAUAACGGGAAAUUCAAGUUUAUCAAAUUGAUAAACGUGAAUUGUAAAUCAAAGGGGUAUAUUCGGGAAUUCAGCCCAAGUGACGUGUAUAUGCAGUACAUCACAUACUGUGAGUUGGACUCCUCUUCGCUACAUGGAUAGACGGUGUUAAAAGUGAGUUAGGAAGCCGUUACAUAAAGGACUUAGGGUUUAAUGUGUCAAUUCAUAGUUUCAGAUCGAAAUCGAGACAUCUUAAAAUUGAAAUCCCAAAAUACAGAAAUCUAUCACCCAAUUGUGUAUACUGGUAAAAUCAGGGGAAAUACUUACCGACAACACCAAUUUCGCUAUAAGUGUAAAUCUGGAAAUCAUGACAACUAUUUCGAAGAGGAAGAGAUCGUCAAUUGGCGGAGCAACUGCAUCUGAAGACCAGCCUCCAAAGAUUGAGAAGCCAAUGUUUUUGGAUAAUGGGCAGAAGGUCAUACAGUUACAUGCCGGAUUGUUUAAGGAAAAUUCAAUAAGCGUUGGUGGACUUGUUAAAGAAAGGAGUGCAGUUCUGAUGGAACACUCGGCAAGUAGCUGCAGGCCUCCUAAUAUGAACUGUCGUAUUGAGUCGUUUGGGAGAAUAUGUCAAAAAUUUGAUGACAGGAGGAGAAGGUGGGUGUAUGAGAUGGGUUUCGGUGGGUUGCUCCACUUUGCUUGCAAUAUGCAUUUGCCAAGGCAGCUGGCCUAUUGGUUAAUGACUAGGGUUGAUCCGUUAAACAAAGUAUUUAUUGCUCCAGGUGGUCGUGAGUAUCGAUUAUCAAAGAAUCAGGUAAGAUGGGUUCUAGGUAUCCCAAAUGGUUCAAAGGAAGUCCCUACCAUGAAUUCAAUGAGUGAUGAAGUUCGGGACAAGGUCCAGAAAAUAUUCUUGAAAUAUGGAAAAUCAUGGGAGACUAAAUCAAAGAAUGAGUGUGGGAAUGUGUACACAUCCAUUAGAAUUCCUGUCACCAGUGAGAUGAAAGAUAGGCUAGAGGGGCAUUUUUAGGUAAAUCAGGAGGAAGAGUUCAAAACACUAUUCUUGAUUGUCGCAUUGCAAAUGGUAUUGUGCCCUACACAGUCGCCAAGAUUAGCGUCUGACUUAAUGCAUGCACUUGGCUGUGUAAUGGAAACCUGUGAGUAUGAUUGGUGUGAGUUGGUGUUGUGUAAGUUAAUGGACAGUAUUUGUAGCUUUGCCCGUCGAUUUUACGCCAAUGGAUAUGCAGGAGGUUGCGGAGGGUGUGCAAUGUUUGUUGUAAUAUAUUACUUGGACCGUUUAAAUAGGGAUCUGAUUCAAUGGGGUGUAUAUCCUCGCAUCAAAGUAUGGAAUAUGAAGCAAAUUUGGAAGGCCGGCAAGUGUGAUAGGCUGAGAACGGGGGACUAUGGUUGCUUAGGGGUGUUAGAUGUUGCAUAUGGUGAAUAUCAUCCUAGGGAGGCGAGGGACACUGAAGGCCCUAUGACCAAAACAGAAUACCCUGAUAUGUCCAAGAUGGAGGGGUGUAAGGACAGGAGAAGGCGGGCUCCGAUACAAGCCACAUAGGGAAAGCCAACCCCUUGUAAAAUUGCAUACAAAGACGAGGUGUGUAUGAAGGCUGAUACAAAAGGAAAAGAAAAAGUUUGAAUGGGAAUGAAUUUAAAUGACGAUACAUUUCGUAGAACAUAGUGUCCUCUGAUGUUUUUUCUUAAAUAUUUAUAGGCAAUUAAUGGUUGCAGCUUAAUAAUGUAUGUCGCCCAAUUGAUAUUGGGUUGUGUAUAGUCUUGGUAACUCACAAAUGUGUCUAGUGAAACACCUAGUGAGUCGGAUUUUGUAAGUCUUGCAUGUUGGU